UCAUAUGUUAACCAUCCCAAUACCAAUACCAAUAAAUAUUUUAACAACUAGUCCCAUACUAUCUAAACUGAUCUCCCCCAGUCUGAUUUCACGACCAAAAUGGCUGAUCUACGUCAGCAGUUCCAGCUGCACGGCCAGCAGCACCAGCAGCCGCAGCGGCGGACCAAACAGGUGGUGAAGGCGGCGACGGCGGUCACUGCGGGCGGAUCCCUCCUAGUCCUCUCGGCCCUGACCCUGGCGGGAACGGUGAUAGUCCUGACCCUGGCGACCCCACCGCUGGUGUUGUGCAGCCCGGUCCUGGUCCCGGCCGCAAUAACCAUCUGCCUGAUCCUGACGGGGUUCGUGGCGUCGGGAGGGUUCGGGGUGGCGGCGGUGACGGUGUUCAGCUGGAUGUACAGGUACCUGACGGGGAAGCACCCGCCGGGGGCGGACCAGCUGGACCAGGCGCGGCGGAAGCUGGCGAGCACGGCAAGGGACAUGAAGGACAGGGCUGAGCAGUUUGGGCAGCAGCAUAUCACGGGUUCGCAGCAGUCUUCUUGAAGGAUGAGCGUGUUGUUCAACGCGCUUGGUAUGUGCAUUGUAAUGGACGGAUGGUAACGGACGGAUGGUGAUCGACAACAGGGGCGGUGAAUCGAACGGCUUUAGUUUCAAGUGUUGUUGAGGGUUCAUUCGGAAUGUGUGUGUGUGUGUGUGUGUGUUUGUUUAUUUGUUUGUUUGUUAGUAUGUUUGUUUCCUGUCUCUUGUUUUUGUGUCUGCAAUAAUAAGCUGGUUUGGGUUCUGCAAAUUGCAAACGUAAAAGGAACUGG